GUGAGUAAUUCUGUUCGGUUUGACUUCAGUUGAGACGCCCAUUUCCAGUCCACACCCGCCCGGCUGCUGGCUCGGUUCCUCCCUCUUCAGCAGCAAGGUUGCCAUUCUGGAUGUCGGAUCGUUGUUCUACCGCAACAGAUGUCUGAGAGCUAGCCGGCUGAGUGGAGGACUUCCCUCUCUGCCCGUGCUCUCCACCUGCAGCCAUGAAUGGUGGAGCCAGUGUAUGGGCUAUCACCCCAGAGGAGAGGGGAAAACACGACAAACAGUUUGACACCCUCAUUCCUGUCCUUGGCUAUGUCUCAGGAGAACAAGCCAGGAAAUUCUUCCUCCAGUCUGGCCUUCCUGCUUCUGUACUGGCUGAGAUCUGGAACCUCGCUGACAUGGACAAAGAUGGAAAGAUGGACAGACUGGAGUUUUCCAUCGCUAUGAAGCUCAUUAAGCUCAAGCUUCAGGGGCAAAAUUUACCCUCCGCCUUGCCAAUUAUCAUGAAGCAGGCUCCUGUCUCUGGUUCUGCUUCAGCCAUCCCUUCAUCAGCACGUUUUGGAAUGGGUUCUUUGCCAAACCUGUCAGUUGGUCUGUCAUCCAUGUCAGCUAUGUCAACCAUGCCCAUCCUAACACCCAUCCUGGCUAACCCCCUCAUGCCCUCUGUGCAACCCUUGGUGCCGAUGCCAAAGACUCUGCCCCUCAUCACCUCCCUGGGAAACUUUGGACUCCCCAACGGCAACCUGCUCACCCCACCGCUUAUUCCAAACAGUGCAGCACUCCCUGUCUCUGGUUUCUCAUCCCCCUUGGGUUUCUCUCCAUCCACCGGCAUGUCAAAGGCAAACUCUCUCCUGGACCUUGGAUCCAGCAGUUCAAAUUCUUCCUCCACCACGUCAUUGGCCAGUAACUCCCCAAAGACAGGUGCAAGUGACUGGGCCGUUCCACAGGCCUCCAGACUCAAGUACCGUCAGCAGUUCAACACACUAGACAAGCUCAUGAGUGGCUACUUGUCAGGACCCCAGGUUAGAAAUGCACUGAUGGCAUCAAACCUGACCCAUACUCAACUAGCUACCAUCUGGACCCUUGCAGAUGUAGAUAAGGAUGGUCAGCUGCGAGCUGAUGAGUUCAUUCUGGCCAUGCACCUGGUGGACAUGGCUAAAACUGGUCGCCCGCUACCUCUAACACUGCCUCAAGACUUGGUACCUCCCUCUCUCAGAGGGACAGUCAAGUCCAGUGAGCUUGUUAAUGGAAUGGGACCUCAAGUAACACCCUGUUUAACAGACACAACAGAUAUGGAGCCUGCACAAAAGACCAAAAGCAGUGUGUCCCUUGAGGACAAGCUGAAGGAGAACUUUGCGAGAGGCAGCGCAGAGCUUGAGAAGCGGCGACUGGCUCUGGAGGAGGAGCAGAGAAAGGAGAGGGAGAGGAGAGAGAGGGAGGAGAGGGAGGCUCAGGAAAAAAGGGAGAGGGAAGCCAGGGAACAGGAGAACAGGAGGAGGCUGGAGGAGGAAAGGCAGUUGGAGAGGCAGAGAGAGAUGGAGAGACAGCAAGAAGAGGAGAGGCUCAAGGAGCUGGAGAGGAAGGAGGCAGCAAAGCAGGAGAUGGAGCGGCAGCGGAGAGAGGAGUGGGAGCGAGUGAAGAAAAAGGAGCUGGGCAGGAGGAGAGAGGGGGAGCAGGAAGAGAUCUCUCAACUCAGGGCCAAAAAGAAGAGUCUAGAGUUGGAGUUGGAGGCUGUGGGCAACAAGCACAAGCAGAUCUCAGACCGUCUCCGUGACGCCCAGAGCAAGAAACGAAUUCAGAAGGCAGAGGUGGACCUCGUCAAUCAGAAGAGGGAUGCUCGCAUCGCAGAAAUAGCCACGCUGCAGCUUCAGUUUGAAGACUGGCAGAGGAAGCUCUCCCAGCUGGUCCCAGAACAACAGAGAUUAGCUGAGAAGCUGCGAAACAUCAGCCUCAACAAACUUUCCACUGUGACGUUGACCUCUCUGACUGGGAGCGUGACGGAGAAAGGCGUGAACUGCCGGAGGCUGAAGGACCAGCUUGAUGCUCUGGAAAGGGAAACGACGGACAAGUUGGCUCAGAUGGAGCAGUACAACAAGGAGCUUAAGCUUGGGGAUAUGGAUGACUGUGUCCUGCGGGGCCUCCUGUCUUUGCUGGCCUGCCUCAGCCAGCUCUUCCUUCUUAUCAAGGAGCUGCGGGAGAAGCAGGUGAGACAGCAGGCUGUGCUGGACGACCUGUACCGAGUCAAAGAGGAGAAAGUGAGGGAGCUGCAGAGACGGAAGGAGGAAGAAAAAGAAAGGAGGAGGAGAGAGGAAGAAGAGGCAGCAAGACAGGCAAAGCUAGAGCAAGAGAGAAGAGACUUGGAGCGGAGGGAAUGGGAGAAGAGGGAGAAGGAAGAAGAGGAGGCCCGGCAGAGGAGGCUCCUGGAGGAGCAGAAGGCUAGACAGAGGGAGGAGGAGGAGAGGGAGGCACAGGCACGUCUCCGGGCAGCUCAGGAGAAAGCACAGGAAGAGGAGAGAAGAAGGAGAGAGGAGGAGAAGGAGAAGGAGAGGGAGGCACAGGCACGUCUCCGGGCAGCUCAGGAGAAAGCACAGGAAGAGGAGAGAAGAAGGAGAGAGGAGGAGAAGGAGAAGGAGAGGGAGGCACAGGCACGUCUCCGGGCAGCUCAGGAGAAAGCACAGGAAGAGGAGAGAAGAAGGAGAGAGGAGGAGGAGGAGAAGGAGAAGAGGAAGAGGGAGGAGGAAGAAGAAAAGGAACGAAAAAAGGAGGAGGAGAGGAAGAGGAAAGAAGAGCAGGAAAGAGGAGAGCAGCAAUCAUCCAAGCUGAGUACCUACAGAGCUCUGUACUCGUUUGUUGCCCGCAAUUCAGAUGAGCUGAGCAUAGACGCAGACUGUUUCAUAGAGGUGGAUGAGCAGGCCGUUGGUGAGCCUGGCUGGUUGUGUGGGAGUUAUCGUGGAAACAGGGGCUGGUUCCCCCAGAGUUAUGCAGAGAAAUGUCCUAUUCCCUCCACUACUGAGACUUCCCAUUGUUCACCAGGAAAACCGUCCUUUCCUCUAACACCACUUAACACAGGAUUCCCAGAUGAACAGAAAACAGGCGACAGCACUACUCCUACCCAAUCAGAUGCUUCACACGUAAGACUUGUGCUGGCCCGUGCCAUCUCCGCGUGGUCUGCCACUUCAGAAACUCACCUCAGCUUGUCCUCUGGUGUGGGUGAUGUCAUCACCUCGCUGCUGAGCUUCUUGCAGGGUGACAUCAUCAGUGUGCUGCAGCAAAGGGAUGACUGGUGGUUGGGACAGCUGAAUGGGACGCAGGGAUGGUUUCCCAAGAGCUAUGUCACUUUGGAGACAAGUGGCAACACAGAUGCUGAUGACACUGACUCUAUUCAGCUAGAGGAGUAUGUGGCCUUGUACACAUAUGAGAGCCCAGAAGUUGGGGACCUGACAUUUGUUGAGGGGGAUGUUGUCAUGGUGACAGAGAGAGAAGGAGAGUGGUGGCGAGGAUGCAUAGGGGACCAAACAGGAGUGUUCCCCUCCAACUAUGUUCGGCCUGUGGAACCAGAGGUGUCAAAACCUGGAGGUCCAACUAAAAAACCAGAGAUUGCCCAGGCAGUCACCGCCACCGACCCCCCUACAGUACAUCAGCUGCGUUUGUCUCCAGGGCAACUGAUUGUGGUCCUGGCCAAGAACUCCACUGGCUGGUGGCUUGGGGAGCUGCAGGCUCGAGGUAAGAAACGGCAGAGAGGCUGGUUUCAUUCCUCUCACGUCAAACUCCUGGGCCCUACCAGCAGCAAAUCCUCUCCCUCUCCUCUCCCAGUGUGCCAAGUAAUUGCAAUGUACGACUACACUGCUGCCAAUCCCGACGAGCUGAGCUUCUCCAAGGGUCAGCUGAUCAACAUCCUGGACAAGACCAACCCUGACUGGUGGAAGGGUGAAGCCGGUGGGGUCACAGGUCUGUUGCCCACCAAUUAUGUCAAGAUGACCACAGAAUCAGACCCCAGCCAACAAUGGUGUGCUGACCUGAUGACACUAGACACCAUGACCCCUCAGGAGAGGAAGAGGCAGGGUUACAUCCACGAGCUGAUCCAGACUGAGGAGACCUAUGUGGAAGAUCUGGAGCUGGUACUAGAGGUGUUUUACAAGCCCAUGUCUGAGUCAGGCCGUUUGACAGCAGCUGAGAUGGGAGUGAUCUUUGCUAACUGGAGGGAGCUGAUUAUGUUUAACAACAAACUACUCAAGGCCCUACAUGCCCGUAAAAAGACAGAAGGAGAGAACAUGCCGGUUCAGCUGAUAGGAGACCUGUUGGCCUCGGAGCUUGCACACAUGCAGCCGUAUGUCCGCUUCUGCUCCUGCCAGCUCAACGCCGCUGCCCUGCUGCAAAGCAAAACCUACAACCAGCCCGACUUCAAGGAUUUCCUCAAGAAGAUUGCCACCAACUACCGCUGUAAAGGAAUGCCACUGUCCAGCUUCCUCCUCAAGCCCAUGCAGAGGAUCACACGCUACCCACUGCUCAUAAAGAAUAUUCUAGAGAACACCCCAGAAGGCCACGUAGACCAUGGGCCUCUGAGAGAAGCCUUGGAGAGAGCUGAGGAGCUGUGCUCUCAGGUCAAUGAGGGCGUCAGAGAGAAGGAGAACUCUGAUCGGUUGGAGUGGAUACAGAGCCACGUCCAGUGUGAGGGACCUAUAGAGCACUUGGUCUUCAACUCGCUGACUAAUUGCCUCGGGCCUCGCAAGCUGCUCCACAGUGGCCGGCUGUACAAAACCAAAAGCAGCAGGGAGCUAUGGACUUUCCUCUUCAAUGAUUUCCUCCUCCUCACACAUAGUGCCAAAUCCUUCUCCUCGUCAGGAUCAGAAAAGUUAUUCAGCCCCAAGACCAACAUUCAGCUGAAGAUGUACAAAACACCACUGUUUCUAAAUGAGGUUUUAGUGAAAAUGCCACAACGAGAGGUACGUAUGCACAUGUGGACAUCUCGGCAAUGGCCUAAUAAACCUUGUCUGUAGUACUCAUAUGUUUACUGUUUUGGCAGGACAACAUGGGUCCAGAAAAUCAAAGCAGCAUCUGAACAUUUCAUAGAGACAGAGAAGAAAAAGAGAGAGAAGGCUUACCAAGCACGCUCCCUGAAGACCAGUGGUAUCGGCCGAUUGCUGGUAACUGUCAUAGAGGCUCAGGAGCUCAAGGCCUGUAAGCCCAACGGUAAAAGUAAUCCGUACUGUGAGCUGACAAUGGGGGCUCAGUGUUACACGUCCCGGCCGAUCAACGACACUCUGAACCCCAAGUGGAACUUCAACUGCCAGUUCUUUAUCAAAGACCUCUACCAGGACGUCCUGUGUAUCACUGUGUUCGAGAAAGACCAGUUCUCACCAGAUGAUUUCCUGGGCCGCACUGAAGUUCCAGUGGCAACGAUCAAGAAAGAGAUGGAGAGCAAAGGUGCUGCAAACCGCCGUCUACUACUGCACGAAGUCCCCACUGGAGAGGUCUGGGUCAAACUGGGCCUACAGCUCUAUGAGUCAACCAAGUGAGGAGGAACAUAGCACAACAUUAACUCAGGUGCAGACAAUUCAUUUUACAGCAGUGAAGACAAGACACUUUGCAUAAACAACCUUAAAGUACCUAUCUAUAGCAGCGCAUAUGUUUGGCCCUGCACCAGUCAGAUUCAUGUAAGUGCCCUAAUUCCCAUCUUAUAGUGAAAAAAAUGAAUUUUUGCUACAGACAAACCAGCUAAAAUGCAAAUCCAACUGCCAAUAUAGUCACUAGAAAAUGCAAUCUGACAAACAUGCCUUAACUUUUAAUGGUUGAGAUUUCUAAUAUUCAUAUUCACAAACUUGUAUAUGGUACUAUUUUACUAUUAAUGGAUGAGUACAUUGUGUCUGAUGUGCUCAUUUAUACCCUGUUUUACAUUGACCUCAACUGCCACACAUAUUGUGCUUGUUUUGCUUAAUGUUAUCCACUACUGUACAAUGUAAUGUCAAAGGUUAACCCUAUAGUGUAACCAAGUAUGCCAUUAAAUCCUGACAAUGGUGUGAAUACAAUGCACAUACUGUAAGCAUUUGUCUUUGUUGUGGCUAACUGUUUACUGUUUCACUCAAUACAUUCUUGGUUUCCUUAGGUUUCCUGCACAAUAACACUUUGUAUGAACUAAGUAUGAUGCCUGGGAUAACUGUGAGGUAGCAAGAAGCAAACGGAGGUGAAGAUUUAUG